CAUGGACACGCGUAUAACGAACAUAGACUAACUAAUUAAGAAGCUAACUCAGGUUAUGGGGGAUGAUAAAAGAGAGCUGAUUUAUGACACUUCUAGACUAGUAGACAUCUAAAAUGGUAACCUCUGGUCUUCUCCAUAUAUAAUAGUUUUCCAUAAUCCAUACUAAAUUACAGAUCAUAAAAUUGAUAUCUUUCUUUCCCAACUACUCCACCAUUAAUUAAUUUCCUUUUUAUCUUCAUCCAUUCUUCAUUUCCCUAUUCAGUUCACUCUCCUUCCCGAUCGAUCAAAACGAAAACAACAUUUUCCUCGUGCUUUUAGAGUAAUAUUGCCACAAGGCUAAAAACAAACAAAAAUCGAUUAGUUUUGGCCAUGAUCAUGGCAGCUGACACCAAGAAAUACUAUUGUUCCUCUGUUUUCUUGAUUUUCGUGGUUAUUUUUAUGCAGUCUUCAUACGCUUAUCAGUUUUACGUUGGCGGUAGAGCUGGAUGGGUGGUUAAUCCUCCUGAAGACUAUAACCAUUGGGCUGGAAGAAUGCGAUUUCAAGUUAAUGACACUCUUUUUUUCAAGUACGAGAAAGGAUCAAACUCUGUUUUUGAGGUGAACAGAGAUGAUUAUAACCAAUGCAACACCAACAAUCCGAUACUGAAAUUGGAAGAUGGGAACUCCAUCUUCAAGUUUGAUCGAUCCGGCCCUUUUUAUUUCAUCAGUGGCAACAAAACAUUAUGUGAUCAGGGUCAAAAAAUCAUCACUGUUGUGUUAGCAAUUAGACCACCACCCCCGGCGCCGGUAACUCCGGCGCCUCCCGGUCAGACUCCGGCACCAGCACCGGCGCCGGUGUCAACUCCGCCGGCUCCAGCGCCGGCGGGUCUGUCCCCGGCACUGACACCGGCAUCAUCACCAGCACCGGCGAGCUCUGUAUCUCCGAGUAUCUCACCAUCCCCCAUUGCCACCCCACCUGCAGCCGGAGGUUCAAAUGCUUCCACCCCGGAAACUUCACCCGGCUCAUCUCCGCCGGUGCCGUCGUCGGGAGAGUCUCCUCCAUCGCCACCUGGUUCGUCGGGAUCAUCGUCGUCAUCCCCGCCGUCAACACCAAACGGCAACACGCCGGCUAACAACGAGUCGUCGUCGGCAAGGCCAGCAAUUAGUACUACCUCAACUGUUUUGAUGUCAGCCGUUUCUUUAGUCUUUGUUGCGACUUUAGGUGCUCCCAUUUUUUGAACAUUUUCCACAUUUUUCAAAAGAUUAUUUGUGCAAAUUCCUUUUCUUCCUUAUUCUUCUUCAUCUUUUUUUUUUUUUUUCCCUUUUUUGGGUGCAUAUAAAUUUUUCUUUUCUGUUUUAUUACCUUUUUCUUUUUGGUUUGAAAAUUACACUUUCAUUGGACUAUGGGUAUGUAAUAAAUAUCGGUUCAUAUAUUUACCAUUUGGUGAUGGAGAUUGAGGAUUUUGUGUUUAUAUAUUCAUGUGAUGAUGAUGAUAAACUGGUGUUAUAUCUUUGCUUUCACUAUCUUUUUGAUAACUGAUUGGG